AGAUGUAACCUUGAAGGAAGGGCCAGAUAUAGGCUCUAGUUCCCAUGAUAUGUAUUCCAAGGCUCAAAAGGAGCGCCUUGACAACUUAGAUCAGGCUAAUCAAGAAAUCGAUAGGUUACGAAAAACUAUAGAGAAACUUCAAAGUGAAUUACAAGAGGCACAACAAGAGGCUGAGGUAUCCAAGCGACGCCGUGAUUGGGCCUUCAGUGAACGAGACAAAAUUGUUCAAGAGAGAGAGUCCAUACGAGCCCACUGUGAUGAGCUGCGACGGAAACGUGACAGAGCCGUGUCUGAAUUAGCUAUAGCGUUACGGGACUCGGAUGACAUUAAAAAGCAACGUAACGAAACCUCAAAAGAACUGAAGGAACUGAAGGAGAGAUUAGAAGCAGAAGAGGAGAAGGCAGCUGUGGUACGUCAACUGGCAGCACAUAACCAUUCUCGCGACUCAGCUAUUGACACUGACAUGCAAGAAUGGGAAAUUGAAACCCUCCAUUUGCCUAUUGGUGUCGUGUCGGAAUCAGAUGUUGGAUUCGUCGUGGCUGGAGGUCGGGAUGAUCCACAUUAUGGGGGCAGUGAUGGAGCAAUUUAUGUUACAAGUAUUGCCAAAGAUGGCCCUUUUGAAGGGAAACUCAGGGUACAUGACCAAAUAAUUAGAUUAAAUGGUAAAGACUGCCUGGGAGUGGAUCGUAGCAGUGUAUAUGCAACAGUGGCUAGUGGUGGUGGAUUGGUGGAAAUAACAGUGAGACGAAGACGCAGCGGAGGUCGUAGUCUCCACACAGUGCACCUCCACUGCCCACAUACCUCACAUCAUGGACUGACACUUCAUACUGGGGUGUACAUUGCAAAUAUUCUCCCUGGAAGUCCAGCAGCAAGAGAGGGCAAUCUGGCUGUUGGAGAUAGAGUGCUUAAUAUAAAUGGCAAACCUAUAGAUAAUUUAGGCAGCUGUGAGGAAGCUCAGUGUUUACUAGAUUCAGCUGGAGAGGUGGUGCAGCUUACUACACUUAAGUCCCAUGGUUCCUCAUCACUCUCAGCACCACUCAGCUCUUCUUCUAGUGGUCACAAUAUCACCGAGGAUGAUAAAUCAACUUCUUCCUCAAGACCCUAUUCUUCCCCUACUUCGCCUGCUAAAGAUUCGGGGGUUAGUCCAGGACGAUCAGGAAGUCGUGAACUUGUGAAAAAACUUAUUCCAGGAUCAGGUGGCUCACAUAAUGAGGACAGUAGUGGUAAGAGAUAUGGAAGCAGUGAGAAAGUGGUGUACAAUGUUACAAAAGCUACUGGGGAAAAAGGGUCUGGAACAGGACCUCUAGAUCUCUUCAAGAAUAUGGUGAGACCUAGACGCCACAGCAAAGAACGUGGAGAGGGUCGUAGUGAAAGUAGAGACAAAGAGGAAAAGAAGAAACACAUCACCUCUGUAUUAGAUCAUGAAACUGAAAGUGCAAUAGCUCAGUUAGAUUCAGUGAAUAAUUCUUACCAUCACAAAAGUGGAAGUAAUGGGGGCACAAGCACGACUAAGCGAUCUAAAAAGCGUGAAAAGGAGAAGUCGGGAGGAACCUGGCCAAAAUACAGAGGGGGAGGUGUCAAUACUUGGGAUGCAAACUCAGGAACUGUUGUGUACACUCAGCGUAGAAAAGAGAGACCACCAUUUUCUGUGUUUUUACCUUCUCCAAAUAUGUCACCAUAUUCACAUGAAGAGAAACCCUAUGAAUCGUAUCAUCAUGAAAAACAUACAAGUUCCAGAUCAAGUUCAAGUCCUCGGGGCACGCCAACAAGUCCUCGCAAUCAACAAUUCUCUAUAUAUAAAAGUCAUGAUGGUGGUGGAAAAACUUGUUCUUAUAGUAGUGCAGGUCAGGUUUAUUCCAGUCCACAGUCUUCUAGCAAUAUUUAUCCCAGUCAGGAGUUGUACUCUAGUGGUGGACCCAGAAAUCCAUCAUUGGAUAGAAAGAGUGAAGAUUCAGAAAGAGACAGAGGAGAUCGUUUGAGUUCUUUUACACCCUCUGAUACAUCCUUAGACUUCUCUGUAAGAUCAGGGAAUGUUGGAAAGGAAGAAUUAGAAUAUUAUGUAAAAAAGAAUAUUAUAAAAAGCCCUCAGAGUGACAGUGAGAGUAAUAUAAGCCCCAUUGAUCCUAAUGCACCUCAGUCUUUAACUGUACUUCCUGGUUAUGGGACAAGACCAUCUGCCCUCCACCAUGGAGGAGACCGCACACCUUCACAUUCUCGCAUACAUCACCCACAUGCAGGGUUGUAUUCUCCACCCACUCCAGCUCUGAGAUCACCGCCAACAUUUGCUCCGUGUACGCCAUUCUCACAUUUCUCCUUAACACAUACACAUGCAUAUCCACACAGCACAAUUGGUUCAUCUGUGGCUGCCGUGUCUCCACGCUACUCAUCACCGCCUUCAUUCCCACUUGGUCCUUCAAGUUAUCUUCCAUCAUCUCGAAGUGGGGACAGUAUCCUUCAUUCCCCUGGUUCAGAGCGUGAUAGAGACAUACGUGUAUAUUAUGAAAGUCGACAGGCAUCAUCACCUAUUGGCAUGAUUGGAACAGUAGGCAGUGGAGUCUUGUACCAUUCACCAUCACCAUCCUUUGAACUUCCAGGGCAUCAUAAACCACGUACUGGGCAUCUUCAUCCUUAUCGCUCAGCAUCAGAUGAACCACCACCACUACCUCACCAUUCCUGUCCGCCAUCUUACCAUAGCUAUCAGCGCUCUUUGGGCACCAUGUCCCGCAAGGAGGAUGAGCGUAUCAGAAUACCAAGUAAUGCAAGUGUAGCCAGCAAAAGCAGUGGGGGCAAAGGCAGCAGUAUUGAACGGACAUCAGAAAGAGGCUCCCCCAUGCCCUCCAGCUUCUCUGUUGAGAUGGUUGGUGGUGGUGGGAUGGCAGGUAGAGGGACCCAACACAUCACCCAGAUUACACACUCAGUCCACAGUCCACACUACCAAGAAUGUCCUUGGCAGCGAAAUAGACCAAACCCAGGAGACAUAAGAACAAUAUCUAUUGAAAAGUCUUCAGAACCACUGGGAAUCCAAAUUCGUUGCUUAGAGAACGGAGGAGUCUAUGUAUCUUCCGUCACCAUCAACUCUCUGGCAUCCCAGGCUGGUCUUUGUGUUGGAGAUCAACUAUUAGAAGUAUGUGGUAUCAACAUGCGAUCAGCCAAUAAACAGUCAGCCUCCACAGUACUCUCCCAGUGUGGUACAUCUGUCUACAUGCUUGUUCAGUACAACCCAGAGAAAUAUCAUGAAGCUGAGGGAUGGGAGGGCAGCAGCAGUGGAAACAGUAUCGACGGGUCACGUUCCGGCACACCAACUCCACGCAACUCUCCUAAACCAGCUACACAUGAAGCCACUCACUCUGUUGAUGAUGAAGACCUUUCCCCUUCAACUACAUCCACAUUAAGAGGACCUUUAGACCUCCGUGAUACUUUAGAGCAUUCCCUUGAUCAUUCCUUGCCACCCUCGGCACGAUCUACUCUUACUCGUCCAGAAAUUACUCAUGUCAUGAAUACUCUGAAAAGGCAAGAAACUUUUUCAAGACGUAGUGAGAACAGUGGUGGAGGCGGCAGCAUUGGUGGUGGCAGUAGUGGAGGUGGAAGCAACUCAGGUGGUGGCGGCAGUGGUAGUGGUGGCAACAUGGGUAACACUAGUUGUGAACCAAGAGUUGUGUAUUUGGAGCUCAACAAGUCCCAUAAUCUGGGUAUCCAGAUGGUUGGAGGAAAUGCCCUAGGCAUCUUUGUUCAUGCAGUUCCUCCAGACUCCCCUGCUGCCAAGGCUGGGCUAAGACCUGGUGAUCACAUCCUCGAGUACAAUGGUGUAGAUCUCCGCCAUGCAACAGCAGAACAAGCUGCUUCUGAGUUGGCUAAGCCUGCUGAUAAUGUUAAAAUGUUGGUGCAGUACAAUUACCAAAGAUAUGAGGAAAUUCAAGAUCAACCAGGAGAUAGUUUUUACAUCCGUGCUUUAUUUGAUCGCCUGGGGGAUGUAGGGGAUUCCACUGACCUAAGAUUUCGCAAGAAAGAUAUUUUAUAUGUAGACAAUACCAUGUUCAACAAUGUUCCGGGUUUGUGGCGUGCUUGGGUUGUGGAUGAAGACGGACACAAAACACAAUGUGGAACUGUGCCCAGCAAAGACAA